GUCGUAGUCCGCAUCACGCAUCAUGGAAGGCCUAUACUACAACGUCAAAUAUGGCUACAUCGAGGGCAUCGUGCGUGGGUACCGCAAUGCGCUGCUCACCAGCCAGAACUACAACAACUUGACCCAGUGCGACACGAUUGACGAUGUCAAGCUACAACUCUCGCCAGCGUACGGCGACUUUCUCUCGUCCCUGCCACCGAACCCCUCAACGUCUGCCCUUGCCGCCAAAACCACCGACAAGCUUGUGGCCGAGUUUCGCUAUCUCCAGGCCAAUGCUACCGGAUCGCUUUCCAAGUUUAUGGAAUACCUCACAUACGGAUACAUGAUCGACAACGUGGCGCUGCUGAUUACGGGUACGCUACACGAGAGGGACACCCGCGAGUUGCUGGAAAGAUGUCACCCGCUUGGCUGGUUCGAGACAAUGCCAGUCCUGUGCGUGGCAACCAACAUUGAGGAGCUGUACAACUCUGUUCUGAUUGAGACACCGCUUGCGCCGUACUUCAAGGGCUCGCUGAGCCACCAGGAUCUGGACGAACUGAACAUUGAGAUCAUCCGUAAUACGCUCUACAAGAACUACCUCGAGGACUUUCACCAGUGGGUCAACUCUGCUCCAGAUAUCGCCGGUACGCCAACAGCAGAUGUCAUGACUGAGGUGCUGGAGUUUGAGGCGGACCGCAGGAGCAUCAACAUCUCGCUGAACUCUUUUGGAACCGAGCUUUCCAAGGCGGACAGAAAGAAGCUCUACCCGAGCUUCGGCAAACUGUACCCAGAGGGAACCCUGAUGCUCUCGAGGGCAGACGAUGUAGAAGGCGUGCGUAUUGCUGUAGAGAGCGUGGCCGACUACAAGACCUUCUUUGAUCAAACUGGGUUGAGUCAAGGUGGCGGUGGUGGCGUCGGAAACAUGGCAGGCGGUGCGGGUGGAGAGACGAGGAGUCUGGAAGAUUUAUUCUAUCAGAAAGAGAUGGAGAUCUCAAAGAUUGCUUUUACGAGGCAGUUCACCCACGCCAUCGUCUACGCAUGGGUCAAGCUGCGCGAGCAGGAAAUUCGAAACAUCACUUGGAUAGCCGAGUGCAUCGCGCAGAACCAAAAGGAGCGCAUCGGGAACUACAUCAGUGUGUUCUGAGCUUUAUAACCUGUGUAGUAAUAGUAUGUUUGGUCACAUCAUGAGCGACUUGGGUGGCGUUAGGGAUGGGUUCGUAUAUCCAACUUCAUUAGAGUGUACAUCUUCGCCG